AUGAUUAUGCAUGGUACCUGGUACAAAGGACCACAGCUGGCGCAUCAUCCACACACCGAAUACCAUCAGUUUCGAUCGUAUCCAUCGUUCGUUGUGACACCCUACCACGACGGUCAUGCGGCCACGCCUUGCCCACCCACGCCCUGCACACCCUGCAGCAGUAGCCAUGCAGCUGGACUUGGCCAGGUCGCCGAGGCAGCUCCAAUAAUUGUUGAGGGCACAUUUGCUGCUGCCGCCGCUGCUGCAGCCGCUGCAGCUGCCGCCGUCGGUUGCAUCAAUCCAGUCACAGGAGCUGCAGCGACAUCCGGAUCGGGCACAUCCCUAUUAAGUCCGCCGAUCAAGAUCGAGCAGGUUUUCGGCGAGACAUCCGCAACGUCUCUAGGCGCUGUCGUCGAGGACUAUGCAUUGAACUUGGAUUGUCCUGUGGAGCAUCAGUUUCGGAAACCCCAUAGCAACAACAAUAACAGCAACAACGGCUACGGAUGGUCAGCUGGCAACGGACCGCAUAGCGAAGUCAUCAACGGCAACAACAAUCGGCACAAUUCACACCAAACAGGCGAACCCGAGCCUGGGUCAUCUCUAUUGCCAGGCUCAGCGCCAGGAACACCACCAACGCCGCCAGUGGACGACAGCCAACAAGCGACAUCGGUGUCCGCAAUUAAUUUGAAUCAAACCCAAACACAACCCGCAUCACAAACGCGUUCGGGUUACGGCAAUUCCAUAAAAUCACCACCGGAAACGGCAGCGCAAUCAUCAACGGCUGCUGCCACGUGUAAAACUCACGACAGCAGCAACAACUGCAACAACAAUCACAACAACAGCAGUAGCAACAACAACAACAACAACAGCAACAGCGCAACCUCUGCUGCUGCGGCCGCCGCUGCCGCUGCUGCUGCCGCUGCGAACAUGCCGAUCGGCGGCGUGCAGGGACAGAAUCCCACCCAAGGCCUGGUCCACUGGAUGAGCGCCGUGAUGGCCGAGCAUAUGACCGGUCAGACGCAUCACGAUCCCGGCGCCGCCGUUGGCAUGCACUACAUGUGGAAUGGCAAUGUCGAUCAUGCCAAGGAUAUUAGCGAUUACAAUCUUUGGCCACCGACACCGCGCAGUCAUCAGCAUGCCAGCGAGCAUCAUCCGAUGUCCUUGAAGCAGGAGUAUGAGGCCAAAAUGAACGAUCACCACCUCCACAAUAAUCUGCAAAAAGGUCACUUUCUGGAUGACAAUCGUCUGGAGCAUCAUGCCGCAGUCACCGGACAAGGCAGCUUGGGACAUAGUGCCGCCAAUGGAACUGGCCCUGGACCAGGAGGUGGCGGUGGCAACUCUGGCUUGGGUGUCGGUGGGCAUCAUGGCAAUCAUGUGACCGCCGCCGCUGCAGCAGCUGCUCAUCAUCAUAAUAACGCUGUGGCAGCCGCAUCGGCGGCAGCGCUGCUCGUUGUGCCCCAGCCCAUAAAUGCCAGCAAAAUGGGCGGACCUGGAGUGGGCGGAACCGGAGGACAUGCACCGGCUGGCGGCAGUGGACGAAAAUAUCAAUGCAAAAUGUGUCCGCAGAUCUUCAGCUCCAAGGCGGACUUGCAGUUGCACACACAGAUACACAUGCGGGAGGCCAAACCGUACAAGUGUACGCAGUGCUCGAAGGCAUUCGCCAACUCCUCGUAUCUGUCGCAGCACACCCGCAUCCAUUUGGGCAUCAAGCCAUAUCGCUGCGAGAUUUGCCAGCGCAAGUUUACGCAGUUAUCGCACCUGCAGCAACACAUACGCACCCAUACGGGAGACAAGCCGUAUAAGUGCCGGCAUCCUGGCUGCCAGAAGGCCUUCUCCCAGCUGUCCAAUCUGCAGUCGCAUUCGCGCUGUCAUCAGACGGACAAACCGUUCAAGUGCAACUCCUGCUACAAAUGCUUCUCGGAUGAGCCAUCGCUGCUGGAGCACAUACCGAAGCACAAGGAGUCCAAGCAUCUGAAGACGCACAUAUGUCAAUACUGUGGCAAGUCGUACACCCAGGAGACCUACCUAACCAAGCACAUGCAGAAGCAUGCGGAGCGAACGGACAAACGACCGCCGAUUGCUCCGGGCAGUGCGGCUGCAAUUGCAGCUGCUGCCGCUGCUGCUGCUGCUGCCGGCGGCAAUCCAAGCAAUGCGCCAACAGCAGCCGCAACCAAUCCGCAACAUCAACGCAGCAAUCUGGUGUUGCCACCGGUUUCGAUAGCCCCCAGCGACAACAGCUACUGGCCAAAGGUAAGUCCUGACUCGGCGGCUGCCGCCAAUGCCAUGGAGGUAAUGCACCAGCAACAACAGCAACAGCAGCAGCAACAACAACAGCAGCAGCAGCAGCAACAACAGCAGCAACAACAACAGCAACAGCAGCAACAACAACAGCAGCAACAACCACAUCAUCAUCACACGCAAUUAGGCGUUCCACCGCAGCAACACGGUCCGCCACAGCAGCAACAGCAGCCGCAACACCAUCACCCACAGCAACAGCAACAACAACCACCGCCCCAACAUAGCAUGGAGGCCCAUUAUGCUCAGCCAACGGCGCCGAAUAGCGGUCAGAGCAAUGGACAUGCGCCGGAGCAACUGCAGCCGCAUCAUCGUAUAAUGCCCGAUCCAGUGCGCGAGGAUAUUGUAUCGACACCCAGCAGCGUCGGUCCAUAUGAUGCAGCAUCUAUAGCGAAAAGUACCAGCAAUUCGGCCUUUACGCCGAUCAACUCGAUGCCGCCGCAUUUGAACUCCCUGAGCCACCAUCCAAUGGCACAACGUCCCUAUCUCUACGAUGCCAUCAGUUUUCCCAACAAGAAUGUCAAUCAGAACAAUGCCAAUGCCUUUCCCAAUCAGCUGAUCUCGCUCCAUCAGAUACGCAACUAUGCCCAUCAACCGGCGGGUCUUAUGGCCGGUGAGCAUCUGCUGGGCGUAAGCGUCGGGCCUGGCAAGGAUAAAGGAUAGCUAACGUCGUACUUUUAAGUUCUCGUUAUUGUACUUACUUAUGCAUACAUAUGA